AUGAGAAAAAAAAAGACGUUGCGCCGAAAUGCCAGGCAGAUUGCAGACCACCUCAAGAAAAUCGAACAGGAGUGUAGUCAGUUAAGCAAACACAUUAGGAGAGUAGAAGAAGAGAGGAAGUCAUUUGAAAUAAGCACUUCUUUACUAAAAAAGUACCACUCUUACGUGGACAGUAAUUUGCUCAAUAAUGGCGUCCCCAUUUCUACCUCUAGCAGCGUCUUUGUAAAAAGCUGUGGGAUUAUUUUUUCCUGGAAAACAAUUUUAGAGGACCCCGACAAUGCAACUCAGGAUGGAUGCUACAGUGGUUAUGCGGAGAGCCGUCAUUCGGACUGCGUCAUGGGGGAGUCUCAUAUGAUCGUGGAGGGGGCACCUCACAAGAGGAGCAAACUUCUAUGGAGAGAAGCACAGGUCGGCUUUUCCGAUGUUUGUAGUUCCCCUGGUGGAGCUUCCCCACUUGGCAGUAACCCAAUAUCAGGGAAGAAGUCCACACGCGGGGCAACAACUUUUCCCCGUGAUGGAACCAGUUGGAGUGACUGUUCGGGGGGAACGCAUGGUCACAGUAGCGGUGAUCUGUGGAACGCGGAGGGCGAAAGGGAAAAGGUUGCUCCAGGGAAGAACAGCCAAUUUUUGGGCCAAAAAGUGGGAAGGGGGGGAAGAAGCCACGAAAAAAAAAACUCCACGGUAAAGCCAAACCGUUCGUACUAUUCUGUUGGGAGGGAAACCCCCCACACACGCGGAUUUUUACACUCCUUUGAAGAGGGCACUUCGCCAAACGGCAUGCGUGAUGAUCGGGGCGUGGCUAACCAAUUGAGUCACUUUACUAUUGCACGUAGAAAUGGAGAUAAAAAAAAAUGUGAAAUUUCUGCUGCGUCGUCCCUGCACCCAGGGGAUGGUCAGUCCAUACCCCCCGUCGGUCCACACAACGGAAACGACAACAACGACAGCGAAAACGACGAUCACAGCGAUAAUAAUGAGAGGGAAAGGCAAGACGAGAGAGGUUCUGCCGACUCGUACGUUGAUCGGAUCAGGAAGGGAAAAAUGUUCGCCUUCUUUACCAACAAAAGUGAGAACAAAUACAACCCCUUUUCCCACUUUGUGAAUAACGUAAAGAGGAUUUUCUUCUUCAGUGAAAAAGAGGAAGAACAAAAUGGGAGGUGCACAAGUGACAAAGAGAAAAGCGAACUCAUGACCUCGUUAAAAUUUAAAUGCUUAGUGAAGUCUAAAAAAAUUGUAAUGUAUGCAUGUGUGUGCCCACACUGCGAAAAACAUUUCUACCUUUUGUUAAAGAAGAGCGGAAGGAAGAAGAUCGUGCCAAGGGUUUUGUCCCCCUCCCAAUUUGCCGCAAUGAUUACCCUCUUGAGAGAGCAAUCGAUUGGUGGAGGCGAAGGGGGGAUAGCCACGGGGCGUAACGACAUCCCCCACUUGGACACCCACUCGAUCGAAUAUUUUUCCGACUCUGUGAUGACUCCCCACGAGGCUAACCAAAACAGGAGAGAGCACUUUUGCAACUGCUAUGUGGGGAUGGACGAGGGGGACGCCGGCCUGUUCGGGGACCCCAACGUGCUGGCCUACUUGUGA